GGCGCAGAGCGCGGGGCCGGACGGCACGGCGGCAGCGGGCCAUGGCGGGCUGGUGCGUGGGGCUGGCCUCUUUCCUGUUCGAGUACGACACGCCGCGCAUCGUGCUCAUCCGCAGCCGUAAAGUGGGGCUCAUGAACCGGGCCGUGCAGCUGCUCAUUCUGGCCUACGUCAUCGGAUGUUACCACACCCAUUUUGCAGAAGUAGAAAUGGAGUCUCCCAAGUUUAAGCAGUGGGUGUUUGUGUGGGAAAAAGGCUACCAGGAAACAGAUUCUGUGGUCAGCUCAGUUACUACCAAAGCCAAAGGCGUGACUGUAACCAACACUUCUACACUUGGAUUCCGGGUCUGGGAUGUGGCAGAUUAUGUGAUUCCAGCUCAGGAGGAAAACUCCCUCUUCGUCAUGACCAACAUGAUCAUCACCAAGAACCAGAGCCAGGGCUCCUGUCCUGAGCUUCCGGAUAAGACCACUAUUUGUAAUUCAGAUGCCAACUGUGUUGCUGGCUCUUCGGGCACCCACAGCAGCGGAAUCGCAACAGGAAGAUGUGUGCCGUUCAAUGAGACUGUGAAGACAUGCGAGGUGGCAGCCUGGUGCCCAGUGGAGAAUGACACACACGUGCCCGAACCAGCUUUUUUAAAGGCUGCGGAAAACUUCACCCUUUUGGUUAAGAACAACAUCUGGUACCCGAAAUUUAAUUUCAGCAAGAGGAAUAUUCUUCCCAACAUCACCACUACCUACCUCAAAUCAUGUAUUUAUGACGCUGUAACAGAUCCCUUCUGCCCCAUAUUCCGUCUUGGCAAAAUAGUGGAGAGCGCAGGGCACAGUUUCCAGGACAUGGCCAUCGAGGGAGGCAUCAUGGGUAUCCAGAUCAAGUGGAACUGCAACCUGGACAGAACCUCCUCCCUCUGCUUGCCCAGGUACUCCUUCCGUCGCCUGGACACCCGGGAUGUGGACCACAAUGUGUCCCCUGGCUACAAUUUCAGGUUCGCCAAGUACUACAGUGACCCGACUGGUGCCGAGCACCGCACGCUCAUCAAGGCCUAUGGCAUCCGCUUCGACAUCAUAGUGUUUGGAAAGGCUGGGAAAUUUGACAUCAUCCCCACCAUGAUCAACAUUGGCUCCGGUUUGGCGCUCCUAGGGGUGGCGACAGUGCUCUGUGACAUCAUUGUCCUCUACUGCAUGAAGAAGAGAAACUACUACCGGGAGAAGAAAUACAAGUAUGUGGAGGAUUAUGAGCAGGGUCUUGGCAGUGAGAUGGACCAGUGAUGCUCCUCCACACCAGGGAUCCCUGUGGCCCUCAUCAGAGCACAGCCAAGAGGGAGAAAAGGCUGCCGUGUUACCUCAGAGAAAGUUCCAGAUUCUGAAUCCAUCCCCACUACACGAGAACGACAUGGUCACCCAGCUGUUUUGUGUGUAGGAUGUGCAGAGCAAAGCACCCCGCAACCUGUGGGUGUUGGGGUGACCUCUGGCCCAAGGGCAGUGGUGCUCCUGCCACUGGGGCCUCGUCCGGAGCCCAGCCUUCUUCGGGGGCUCCCAGCUCCUGCUCCUUGUGAGACCGCUCCCAGCUGAGCCCCAGCGUCUCUUGUCAAGCACUUUAUGAGGGAAGGACAGACUGCUGGGUGUGGUUGCUGGACCCUUAGCAUGCGGGCUGUGCCUGGGCCGUGGUUCCUCUUCAGGUCCGUGCUGUCACAAGACAGUGUGUGUCCUUUGAGAAAAGGCACGCUGCGGUGGUCAAGGACCAAACAUUAAAACACUU